AUGCCCGCCACCGCCGCGGCGGAGGGUUGGUGCUCCGGAGCGUGCGGGGCGCUCUCUCCCCGCGCGGGGGCACCAGAGCCCUCGGAAGUGUCAGGCACUGCGGUGCAUUUUCCCAGUUCCCUUUUAAAUGACUGCGGAAAAACAGACUCUCGGAGCCGCAAAUGGGGAAGACGGAUUCUCAGACAAGGCUUGCGGAUGCCCCGCAGCCAUCAUUUAACUGCGCCCGCAGAGCAGUUACGGUUUGUCACCCGAGCUUCCCGGAUCGCCUCGUUUGUCCCUAGUGAGACCCCGAGGCUCUGCCCGCGCCGGGCUUGUCGGUACCUGGAUGCAUGUCGUGCUCUGGGCAGCGCGGGCGCAGGGCACGCGUUCGCGCACACCCGCGCACACACGAAAUCGCGCAAGGAGACAGCCUCUACUGCGAUGAUAGAAGAGACGGUGCCCUCACGUCACUUCGCCAGCAGUAGCAGAGGCGGCGGCGGCGGCGGCGGCGGCUCCCGGAAUUGGGUUGGAGCAGGAGCCUCGCUCGCUCCUUCGCUCGCGCUCUCCGCGCUCAGUGCCCGGCGGCAGGAGGAGCCUGCACCCAGGCGCCGCGGGCGGGCUGUAGGCGCCGGAGCCCGGGUGAGCAGCGCGGACAGUGCCCUCCGGCGUCUCGGCCCUCGCUGUCCCCCCCACCCCCCGGGACGGCCGUGGCGGCUCCCCAGGUGGGACGCGCCGCGCCACCUGCCCGCGCCCCCUGCGCCCAGCGGCCGUGGCGGAUUCUGCAGCAUCAUUGGGGGCCCCCGUCGCGGAGCCAUCUCCGCCGCAGGCGCCCCGAGGUGCGUCCCGGAUCCCAGUGCGCGUCUAGCAAGGAGCCUGCGUCCCGGGGAGUGCCGGCAGCGCCGCGGGCCGGUGCUCGGCGCGCCGGGCCAUGCAGCGGCGGCCGCGGCGGAGCUCCGAGCGGCCGUAGCGCCCCCUGUGAGGCGGCCCAAGAUGCCCCGGCCACUGUGA